AUGGAAGUGGAGCUGCAGGACAUGAAGAGAGCUGCUGAAGAAGAAAGAGAGAGUCACAAGAAUAAAGAGCAGGAUAAUGAAACAACAGUGAAUACAUUAAAGAAAAACAAAUGUGAUCUAGAGGAGAAAGUAAAAACCAUGUACGUGGAGCUGCAUGACAUGAAGAGAACUGCUGAAGAAGAAAGAAAGAGUCACAAGAAUAAAGAGCAGAAUUAUGAAACAACAGUGAAUACAUUAAAGAAAAAUAAAUCUGAUCUAGAGGAGAAAGUAAAAGCCAUGGACGUGGAGCUGCAGGACAUGAAGAAAGCUGCUGAAGAAGAAAGAGAGAGUCACAAGAAUAAAGAGCAGAAUUAUGAAACAACAGUGAAUACAUUAAAGAAAAAUAAAUCUGAUCUAGAGGAGAAAGUAAAAGCCAUGGACGUGGAGCUGCAGGACAUGAAGAGAACUGCUGAAGAAGAAAGAAAGAGUCACAAGAAUAAAGAGCAGGAUUAUGAAACAACAGUGAAUACAUUAAAGAAAAACAAAUCUGAUCUAGAGGACAAAGUAAAAACCAUGGACGUGGAGCUGCAGGACAUGAAGAGAACUGCUGAAGAAGAAAGAAAAAGUCACAAGAAUAAAGAGCAGAAUUAUGAAACAACAGUGAACACAUUAAAGAAAAACAAAUCUGAUCUAAAGAAAAAAUUAAAAGCCAUGGACGUGGAGCUGCAGGACAUGAAGAGAACUGCUGAAGAAGAAAGAGAGAGUCACAAGAAUAAAGAGCAGGAUAAUGAAACAACAGUGAAUACAUUAAAGAAAAAUAAAUCUGAUCUAGAGGAAAAAGUAAAAGCCAUGGACGUGGAGCUGCAGGACAUGAAGAGAGCUGCUGAAGAAGAAAGAAAAGAUCACAAGAAUAAAGAGCAGAAUUAUGAAACAACAAUUAACACAUUAAAGAAAAACAAAUCUGAUCUAGAAGUGAAAUUAAAAACCAUGGACAUGGAGCUGCAGGAAAUGAAGAGAACUGUUGAAGAAGAAAGAGAGAGUCACAAGAAUAAAGAGCAGGAUAAUGAAACAACAGUUAAUACAUUAAAGAAAAACAAAUCUGAUCUAGAAGUGAAAUUAAAAACCAUGGACGUGGAGCUGCAGGACAUGAAGAGAGCUGCUGAAGGAGAAAGAAAGAGUCACAAAAAUAAAGAGCAGGAUAAUGAAACAACAGUGAAUACAUUAAAGAAAAACAAAUCUGAUCUAAAGAAAAAAUUAAAAGCCAUGGACGUGGAGCUGCAGGACAUGAAGAGAGCUGCUGAAGAAGAAAGAAAGAGUCACAAGAAUAAAGAGCAGAAUUAUGAAACAACAGUGAAUACAUUAAAGAAAAAUAAAUCUGAUCUAGAGGAGAAAGUAAAAGCCAUGGACGUGGAGCUGCAGGACAUGAAGAGAACUGCUGAAGAAGAAAGAAAGAUUCACAAGAAUAAAGAGCAGAAUUAUGAAACAACAGUGAAUACAUUAAAGAAAAACAAAUCUGAUCUAGAAGUGAAAUUAAAAACCAUGGACAUGGAGCUGCAGGACAUGAAGAGAACUGCUGAAGAAGAAAGAGAGAGUCACAAGAAUAAAGAGCAGGAUUAUGAAACAACAAUAAACACAUUAAAGAAAAACAAAUCUGAUCUAGAAGUGAAAUUAAAAACCAUAGACAUGGAGCUGCAGGACAUGAAGAGAGCUGCUGAAGAAGAAAGAGAGAGUCACAAGAAUAAAGAGCAGGAUAAAGAAACAACAAUAAACACAUUAAAGAAAAACAAAUCUGAUCUAGAAUUGAAAUUAAAAACCAUGGACAUGGAGCUGCAGGACAUGAAGAGAACUGCUGAAGAAGAAAGAGAGAGUCACAAGAAUAAAGAGCAGGAUAAUGAAACAACAGUGAAUACAUUAAAGAAAAACAAAUCUGAUCUAGAGGAAAAAGUAAAAACCAUGGACGUGGAGCUGCAGAAAAUAAAGAGAACUGCUGAAGAAGAAAGAAAGAGUCACAAAAAUAAAGAGCAGGAUUAUGAAACAACAGUGAAUACGUUAAAGAAAAACAAAUCUGAUAUAGAGGAGAAAAUAAAAACCAUGGACGUGGAGCUGCAGAAAAUAAAGAGAACUGCUGAAGAAGAAAGAAAGAGUCACAAAAAUAAAGAGCAGGAUUAUGAAACAACAGUGAAUACAUUAAAGAAAAACAAAUCUGAUCUAGAGGAGAAAGUAAAAGCCAUGGACGUGGAGCUGCAGGACAUGAAGAGAACUGCUGAAGAAGAAAGAAAGAGUCACAAAAAUAAAGAGCAGGAUUAUGAAACAACAGUGAAUACAUUAAAGAAAAACAAAUCUGAUCUAGAGGAGAAAGUAAAAGCCAUGGACGUGGAGCUGCAGGACAUGAAGAGAACUGCUGAAGAAGAAAGAGAGAGUCACAAGAAUAAAGAGCAGAAUUAUGAAACAACAGUGAACACAUUAAAGAAAAAUAAAUCUGAUCUAGCGGAGAAAGUAAAAGCCAUGGACGUGGAGCUGCCGAAAAUGAAGAGAACUGCUGAAAAAGAAAAAAAGAGUCACAAGAAUAAAGAGCAGAAUUAUGAAACAACAGUGAAUACAUUAAAGAAAAAUAAAUCUGAUCUAGAGGAUAAAGUAAAAGCCAUGGACGUGGAGCUGCAGGACAUGAAGAGAACUGCUGAAGAAGAAAGAGAGAGUCACAAGAAUAAAGAGCAGGAUAAUGAAACAACAAUUAACACAUUAAAGAAAAACAAAUCUGAUCUAGAAGUGAAAUUAAAAACCAUGGACGUGGAGCUGCAGGACAUGAAGAGAACUGCUGAAGAAGAAAGAAAGAGUCACAAGAAUAAAGAGCAGGAUUAUAAAACAACAGUGAAUACAUUAAAGAAAAAUAAAUCCGAUCUAGAGGAGAAAGUAAAAACCAUGGAAGUGGAGCUGCAGGACAUGAAGAGAACUGCUGAAGAAGAAAGAAAGAGUCACAAGAAUAAAGAGCAGGAUUAUGAAACAACAGUGAAUACAUUAAAGAAAAACAAAUCUGAUCUAGAGGACAAAGUAAAAACCAUGGACGUGGAGCUGCAGGACAUGAAGAGAACUGCUGAAGAAGAAAGAGAGAGUCAAAAGAAUAAAGAGCAGAAUUAUGAAACAACAGUGAAUACAUUAAAGAAAAGUAAAUCCAAUCUAGAGGAAAAAUUACAAGCCAUGGACAUGGAGCUGCAGAAAAUGAAGAGAACUUCUGAAGAAGAAACAAAGAUUUACAAGAAUAAAGAGCAGAAUUAUGAAACAACAGUGAAUACAUUAAAGAAAAAUAAAUCCGAUCUAGAGGACAAAUUAAAAACCAUGGACGUGGAGCUGCAGAAAUUGAAGAGAACUGCUGAAGAAGAAAGAAAGAUUCACAAGAAUAAAGAGCAGAAUUAUGAAACAACAGUGAAUACAUUAAAGAAAAAUAAAUCCGAUCUAGAGGACAAAUUAAAAGCCAUGGACGUGGAGCUGCAGAAAUUGAAGAGAACUGCUGAAGAAGAAAGAAAGAUUCACAAGAAUAAAGAGCAGAAUUAUGAAACAACAGUGAAUACAUUAAAGAAAAAUAAAUCCGAUCUAGAGGACAAAUUACAAGCCAUGGACGUGGAGCUGCAGAAAAUGAAGAGAACUUCUGAAGAAGAAACAAAGAAUUACAAGAAUAAAGAGCAGAAUUAUGAAACAACAGUGAAUACAUUAAAGAAAAGUAAAUCCAAUCUAGAGGAAAAAUUACAAGCCAUGGACGUGGAGCUGCAGAAAAUGAAGAGAACUUCUGAAGAAGAAACAAAGAAUUACAAGAAUAAAGAGCAGAAUUAUGAAACAACAGUGAAUACAUUAAAGAAAAAUAAAUCCGAUCUAGAGGACAAAUUAAAAGCCAUGGACGUGGAGCUGCAGAAAUUGAAGAGAACUGCUGAAGAAGAAAGAAAGAUUCACAAGAAUAAAGAGCAGAAUUAUGAAACAACAGUGAAUACAUUAAAGAAAAGUAAAUUCGAUCUAGAGGACAAAUUAAAAACCAUGUACGUGGAGCUGCAGAAAUUGAAGAGAGCUGCUGAAGAAGAAAGAAAGAUUCACAAGAAUAAAGAGCAGAAUUAUGAAACAACAGUGAAUACAUUAAAGAAAAAUAAAUCCGAUCUAGAGGACAAAUUAAAAGCCAUGGACGUGGAGCUGCAGAAAUUGAAGAGAACUGCUGAAGAAGAAACAAAGAUUUACAAGAAUAAAGAGCAGAAUUAUGAAACAACAGUGAAUACAUUAAAGAAAAAUAAAUCCGAUCUAGAGGACAAAUUAAAAACCAUGGACGUGGAGCUGCAGAAAUUGAAGAGAACUGCUGAAGAAGAAAGAAAGAUUCACAAGAAUAAAGAGCAGAAUUAUGAAACAACAGUGAAUACAUUAAAGAAAAAUAAAUUCGAUCUAGAGGACAAAUUAAAAACCAUGUACGUGGAGCUGCAGAAAUUGAAGAGAACUGCUGAAGAAGAAAGAAAGAAAUUUAGGACUUAUAUGGAAGAAAUAAAACUUAAAGAUCAAGAAGAACAAAAGAGAAAAGCAGUGGAGGCAGAGGAACGGAGAGCUUUGGAGACAAAACUAAAACAAGCAGAGGAAGGAAACAUUCAGCUGAAAGAUCAAUUACAGGAAGCAACAAAGAAUUCAGAGAGAUUGGAGAAAUCAUUAAACACAAUGAUGUCAGAGGCUUCCGUCAUGUGGCAGAGAAAAUACUAUAGUCAGGAACGGGAAAAAGAAAUUCAGGAAAUAAAGAAGUGCAGUUUUGGAACUGCUCUAAUAAAGGUAAAAUCUGUUUUCUUUUAG